CAUCAGCGUGCAUGCAGCUUAUGCACUUGCGGAUAUUGAUUUGCAGUUGGAUCUUAACAUAUGGCUGGCGAUAGGGCGAUCGCGGGCAAAGAUGAGGAGAGCAAAGACGAGGAAGACGAGAAGCCAGAGCCAACCGCUACAAAGCUGAAUCAUGAAGGCGUCCAGGCCUUUGGUCGGGGAGAUUUUCCGAAGGCGGUGGUCGCCUUCACAGAAGCUUAUCGCCUCUUAGAGGAGGCUCCAGUUCUGAAUGCCGAUGACGUCGCCUCGCGGGCGCGGCAGCGCGAGCUGGCGGUGACGCUGGUGAACCGCGCCCGGGCGCAGCUGGGCGUCGGCAGCGCCCAAGAGGCGGAGCAGGAUGCCAAAGAAGCCGCCAGAAUUGACCCAGCAUACAGCAGGGCAAAGACAGUUCUGGCUGAAGCUUACCAGAAGCAAGGCCGCAGCGCGGAGGCCAUGGCGCUCAUGCAAGAGACGGCCGCAGGCGACAAGGAGGUGGUGGCGCUUCAGCGGCUGCCGGAACUGCUGCGGGCCAGUGCCUGGCGCGGUCUGCGCGCCUAUGGCUUGGUCUUCGCGGUGCUGGCGCUUCUCCUGUGGCUGCACCGAGUUUUGGCGCUGGACGCGCUGCUGGGCCGCCAGCCGUCGCUGGGCGCACCGGAGAUCCAGCGGCUGCUGAGUUACACCUCCGGCUACGGCGUGGCCAGCUUCCAUACGCGUCUUCGCCCGGAUCAGAUCGAGGAUGCCACCCGGUCCGUGGUGCUGAGAACUGCCUCUCCGCAGGAGUGGUCCGAGUUCAUCGGCCAGGCGUUUGGCCGCAACACGCCGCGAGAAGACGGCAAGCUGCUGUUGCUUUCUUGGGGCGAUGUCCCCACACAGAAGCAGGGCAAGGGAAAGGCCCCGAGCGCGUGGCUGGGCGUGCUGGCCUUCGUGCCCAAGGACGCCCAGCCCUCGCUGCACGGCUUGCCGGAGCGGGCGGCGUUUGGGCGCUUGGUGCGGCUGGGGCACAGCGGCAGGACCUGGGUGCAGAAACACUUCGGCUUGGGGUCCGCGGCGGGGGGGCUGUUGCCCCUGGCCUUGCAUGUGCAGGGCACCGUGGCAGAUGAGCAGGUGCUGCCCAUGAAGCUGACCCUGCACCGCCUGGUGCUGGUCCUUGUGCUGCUGGUGGCCUCCUUUUUUGGGCACCGCAUCUAUGUGGCCGCAAUGUCCUUGUGCAACGUCCAGCGGCACCCCGCCGUCGCCGCGCUCGCGGAGUCCAACGGCCGGUUCUUGGCCGCCGUCGAGAAGGAGCUCUGCGAGACGGCGCCGGAGAUGCCCCCGCGAGUGGUGGAAGAUGGGCGUGUCAUCAUCACCAUGAGCUGGUUCAUUCACAUGCCUGGCAACCUGACCUUUUUGUCCAGGCUGUGCCAACCCUUGAUGACGCUCACCGGCAUGCUGGGCAUCGCUGGCGGCCCACGCAAAGCCCAAGGCGAGGGCCCGCGCCCGCCCUCCGGGCUGCUGCAGAAUCUCAUCGGGGUGGUGUGGCAGCUUCCAAACUGGUUCCACUUGCUGCGUCGCAGUUUGCCUGGAACUGUGCAGGUGUCGCCUCUCUGGGAGGUGCAGCUGGGUUUCCGCCAGGAUCAGGCGGUCCCACCCAAGGGUGGUGUCAUCCUUUGGGAUGCCCCCCGGGGGCAUUUCGUUGACAUCAUCGGCGAACUCAAGGACAUGGAGAAGCUGAGCCGGGAGAUUGCCACGCGCCAGGCAGUCGCCAUCAAGGUCAUCACUUCUUCGGCCAUCUCAGAGUCAGGCGGCAUGCAGCAGCAGGCGGAGGGUGGCCUGGAUCCUCGUAGCAUGACUCUGGAGCGCUGCUAUGAGGUCCUGCGUUUGUCUCGGGAGGAGGUUCGCGCCGCGCAGUCUUCUUCCAAAGAGGAGGCCAAGAGUCUCCUGGCCCGGGUCUUUCGACUGCGAGUCAUGGAGGACAUUGAUGCGGAGAAGCGCAAGGUCGAAGAACUCACCUUGGCUUUGGACGUGCUCAUGAGGAGACUCUCGUUGAGCCUGGAGAUGUGAAAGUUGAUCACGCGCACACGCGCGCGUGAAAUGCCGUUCACUCAGCUCGUGGGGAAAAGCGGC